AUGACUAUGGAUGAGAAAUAUGUGAAUAGCAUUUGGGAUCUUCUUAAAAAUGCAAUCCAAGAGAUCCAGCGGAAGAACAAUAGUGGUCUCAGUUUUGAGGAGCUAUAUAGGAAUGCAUAUACAAUGGUGUUGCACAAACAUGGUGAAAAACUCUACACUGGACUAAGAGAAGUGGUCACUGAGCAUCUAAUAAACAAGGUGCGAGAAGAUGUAUUAAACUCCUUGAAUAACAACUUUCUACAAACACUAAACCAAGCGUGGAAUGAUCAUCAAACUGCUAUGGUGAUGAUUAGAGACAUUCUGAUGUAUAUGGACCGUGUGUAUGUGCAACAAAACAACGUGGAGAAUGUCUACAAUUUGGGCUUGAUUAUUUUUCGAGACCAGGUUGUGCGAUACGGCUGCAUUAGGGAUCACCUGCGGCAAACUCUGCUGGAUAUGAUUGCAAGGGAAAGGAAAGGAGAAGUUGUAGAUAGAGGCGCAAUAAGAAAUGCUUGCCAGAUGUUAAUGAUUCUAGGUCUUGAAGGAAGAUCAGUCUAUGAAGAAGACUUUGAGGCUCCAUUUUUGGAGAUGUCUGCAGAAUUUUUUCAGAUGGAAAGUCAGAAAUUUUUAGCUGAAAACAGUGCUUCUGUGUACAUAAAGAAAGUAGAAGCUAGAAUUAAUGAAGAAAUAGAAAGAGUGAUGCAUUGUCUGGAUAAAACAACAGAAGAACCGAUUGUGAAAGUUGUUGAGAGGGAACUUAUUUCCAAGCAUAUGAAAACUAUAGUGGAAAUGGAGAACUCUGGACUAGUUCAUAUGCUGAAAAAUGGAAAGACAGAAGACCUUGCUUGCAUGUACAAGUUAUUUAGCCGUGUGCCAAAUGGCCUGAAGACGAUGUGUGAGUGCAUGAGCUCCUACCUGAGAGAGCAAGGCAAAGCACUAGUUUCUGAAGAGGGAGAAGGGAAGAAUCCGGUUGACUACAUUCAGGGUUUACUGGACUUGAAGAGUAGGUUUGACCGUUUUCUCCAAGAAUCCUUCAAUAAUGAUCGUCUGUUCAAACAGACUAUUGCGGGUGACUUCGAGUACUUCCUCAACCUCAACUCUAGGUCUCCAGAGUACCUCUCAUUAUUUAUUGAUGAUAAGCUGAAAAAGGGAGUGAAGGGACUAACAGAGCAAGAAGUAGAAACUAUAUUGGAUAAGGCAAUGGUUUUAUUUAGGUUUAUGCAGGAGAAAGAUGUUUUUGAACGCUAUUACAAGCAGCACUUGGCAAGACGACUUCUGACAAACAAGAGUGUUUCAGAUGACUCUGAGAAAAAUAUGAUAUCCAAAUUAAAGACUGAAUGUGGAUGUCAGUUCACGUCUAAACUGGAAGGAAUGUUCAGAGACAUGAGCAUCUCAAACACAACGAUGGAUGAGUUCAGGCAGCAUCUUCAGGCGACUGGGGUCUCAUUAGGUGGUGUUGAUCUUACAGUGCGAGUCCUCACGACAGGUUACUGGCCUACUCAGUCAGCCACACCAAAGUGCAACAUCCCUCCAGCUCCCAGGCAUGCAUUUGAAAUAUUUAGAAGGUUUUAUUUAGCCAAACACAGUGGGCGGCAGCUGACACUCCAGCAUCACAUGGGCUCUGCAGAUCUCAAUGCCACUUUCUAUGGGCCUGUUAAAAAGGAAGAUGGCUCAGAGGUUGGCGUAGGAGGUGCCCAAGUAACGGGGUCAAAUACACGGAAGCACAUCUUGCAAGUCUCCACCUUCCAAAUGACAAUAUUAAUGCUUUUUAACAACAGAGAAAAAUACACAUUUGAGGAAAUUCAGCAAGAAACUGAUAUCCCUGAAAGAGAACUGGUUAGAGCCCUACAGUCACUUGCUUGUGGCAAACCAACACAACGUGUUCUGACAAAAGAGCCUAAAUCAAAAGAAAUAGAAAAUGGACAUAUAUUCACAGUGAAUGAUCAGUUUACAUCUAAAUUACACAGAGUCAAGAUUCAGACGGUUGCUGCCAAACAAGGAGAAUCUGAUCCAGAAAGGAAAGAAACAAGGCAGAAAGUAGACGAUGACAGAAAACAUGAGAUAGAAGCUGCUAUAGUUCGAAUAAUGAAAUCUAGGAAGAAGAUGCAACACAAUGUGCUAGUAGCAGAGGUAACUCAGCAGCUGAAGGCCAGAUUCUUACCAAGUCCAGUUGUUAUUAAAAAACGUAUUGAAGGACUUAUUGAGAGAGAAUAUUUGGCACGAACACCUGAGGAUCGUAAAGUAUACACUUAUGUAGCAUAAAAUGCAUUCAGAAAAUUGGAUUUAUUCUUGGACUAUAUUCUUCGCAUGAACUGGGAAGUUCUUUUAAAUCGUGAAUAUUAAGACGACCAUCUCUUCUAUUAAAUUGCAGUACAUGUUCUAAACCAUUCAGAUCAAGCCUUUUACUCCUUUUGAGAGUUUUCAACAUCAAUUGAUUGAGCUUCAGGCUUUCCAACGUUACCCCUGUAGAGAUCAUCCUCACAAUUCUUCGGGAAAAUGUGAAUGUGCCGCGUUUGUUUUCAAUACUGUAUGAAAACAGAAAAAUAAAAACAAAUUUAGAAAAUACAGCUCAUUUAAAAAAAGAAAUAAAAUUGUUGGAAUUUCAUUUCCCCA